UAUAAGGUGUUCCAUUGAUUUUUGUUUUGAGCGGCCAUAUACGGACACAUCCCAAAACCCAAGUACUUGUUCAUAAGAUAUACUGAUUAUAUCUACCUUAAUAUAUCGAAAGUUCAAAUCUAUUUAAGAAAAGUGGAUGCUCGUGACAUUUUGCGGAAUUGCCUCACAAAUAAGUUUCAAAUAGACAAAUUAUGGUUCUGACAUCCUUGGGAAAAUUGUGAAUGUACUGUGUAUUAUCUAGCUGGUAUAAAUUGUCAUCGCUGAGUUUGAAUUGUUAUUACACGUCUUCUUUCGUACAGGAGUGAAAGAUGUAUUCACCGUUUUAUGUUGGAAUAUUGUUUGUAACAUGCGCUUUUAUGACGCUCUUCACAGCUGACGCAGAAAAGGGAUUUGUUGGAGACAGAGAAAGGCUAUGGCAUAGCCUUUUUAAUCAUUAUACGAAGGAAAUUGCUCCGGAUGGAGACGAUGGAGGGCCUGUCGUUGUAAAGCAUUCUCUUACCAUACUUAACCUUGUGUCUUGGGAAAACAACAUGUUGAGUCUUAAUCUGUGGGAAGCGUUGUCGUGGAAUGAUCCAAGAUUAAAAUGGGAACCCGGAAUGUUCAAUGGUGUUACUGAACUGAGAAUCCCAAGUAGGAGUUUCUGGCAACCAGAUAUUAUAUUGGUGAACAGUGUUGACGAGUACAAGGGCUUUGUUGCUGGGGAUUUGAACGCCGUUGUAGAUUACAAUGGUAAAGUGUCGCUUUACCCACCAAGAGUCACAAAAUCCUUCUGCAAUUUGAAUGGAAGUCUCCUACUAAAAAACGAAGAAAUCUCGUGUACUCUAAAAUACAUGUCCUGGACGAUGUCCGGUCUAGAUCUGGAUUUGCAGCUAAUGAAAGAACCGGAAAUCUAUGAUAAUUUGAAUCCUACUUUGAUCAUGACCAAAAUAUCGGCCAAGAGGAAUGAGGUGAAGUACGAAUGCUGUCCUGAAAAAUAUAUUGAUAUCACAUACACACUUAAAUUCAGGCAAAAAUGAUUUUCCGGCCUCUUCAAUUCUGAUAUAGGACUAUACAAUCUUUGACUAAACGGAAACCGAUCUGUAAAUAUGUGCUUGUCAAUACGCUUGAAUUACUACAUCAUAAAAAAUUAUUAAAAUCAUGAUUUGGAACUCAAACAUACUUGUAUAAAAAUUAUUAUUUUUAAAACACAUAUAUGAUCAUCAGUUUCAUUUCGUUUGUAUACCUUUCAUUUUUUUUUAUUUACAUUGCAAUGUGCGUUUGUUACACGGUAUACACACUGCUGACUAUUCUGUUGACGUUUUGUUCUAGUUUAAAAAUCUCUUGUCUUUUAAUUCUGUUCUGUGACUUGGCAAUAGAAAGGAGUGGGUGGGACAAGGAGUGAGGUCUGGUUCACUAUUAACCUGUUUAAACGCCCUAGUGAUACUUUGCCACUAAGUGUUCCAUUGCAGCGUUAUAGUGUUUUGAUUAUAGGGUUCUGUAUUGUUAGAGUUUUGUCAUUUAUUCCAUAAAGGAUAGUAACAUUGAUAUUUUUAUAUAAUUGCAUAACAACAAAGAAUAAGAGAUAUCUGGUAAAAUUGCACGAACAUAACGAAAACUAAUUAAGCUUUUUUUUUGUAAUUGGCUUUUUAUUUUGUUUAAAACGGUUGAUUUCAAAUUUGCAAACUCACACGAUUGUUAAGUUCAAAGCAAUUUAAUAAUUGAAUGUGCAAUUCUCCCACAAAUUAAGAUAAUUUUUAUACUAAAUUGUCUUUUUCGUUUCCUGUAUCUUAUUAUCAACGGUGUAUUUGUCACACAGAAUUUUAGACGACUAGGAUAGGAAGUUUAUAUGUGAAUAGUUUUGUUAUGUUAAUUUUUACUUUACCUGAUGUAGGUAUUGAAUUUCAUUUUAACUGUUUAUUGCGAAGCGUCAUGUCUUCAUAUUGAACACUAUACUUAUAUAACGUUAAUUACUCUUCAACCAUGCAAUACUAGACACGGUAUUUGACACAUUGAGUAUAUCAUAAUAAACAGAUUGAGCCAAUACAAAACCAAACUGAGUCAAUAUUUGAAAAUCAGGGCCAAUACGCGAUUCACGCAUUUUGGUUGAUUAGUGUUAGGAUUCCAAUAUGGAAUAGAAUAAAUUUUAUGAUUUAUCAAGUGA